AUGUCGCUAUCAUCGGCGCUCAAGGGCGAUUCGCCCCAGCAAGUGCGGUCGUUGUACCGCCAACUCCUCCGGCAGAGCGAGCAAUUCGCAUCCUACAAUUUCAGAGAAUACGCGAAGAGGCGGACACGGGACGCGUUCCGUGAGAAUAAGGCGGUCGAUGAUCAGAGGAAGAUACAGGAGCUGGUACAGAAGGGCCUGAAGGAGCUGCAGAUGAUGAAGCGACAAACGGUGGUUGGCCAUUUCUUCGAACUGGACCGAUUAGUGGUGGAGGGCGGGAUUUCGGGCAAACAGAAAGGGAACAAGGGCGGCAUCGUGCGACAGAAGGAUCAAGGUUGGAACUGA